UAACUUCACCGUCAAUAGUUCAUAACUUUAAUUGUACACCCCAUUUUUUAUCAGCUGUGAUUGUUGUGGAGUCCAACUUCCAUCCACGCGGUAGUUUUAACCACUUCCCGCAUUUUCCGGCAGUGGAAACGCCGUCGGGUGUCGGUGCGUCUCUAGUUGUUGUAUGUGUGUAAAGCGUGUGUCCCCCCGCCGUGUGUGUAUGUGCUGUGCGCGUGUGAUGUGAAAAUUAGGCUUGCCCCCGCGUAGAAAGUCAACCACCCAGAAACCAAAUGCUUCUAGUACACUUUUGCUAAGUAAGGACGUAACUGGCUCCCGGAGCAGUUGAACCAAGAAGGAGAAGAAGCACACGAUCUCAUCGGAAGCUAUCUGUGACACCACGGUACGAGCAAAACCGGCGGGACAGAGAAGAUAAUCGGCGAGGUAGGCAACGCCACUCUCUCUCUCUCUCUCUCUCUCUCGACCAAGCUCCCGAUCGAUCCCGCGGCAUUAGAAGCAGCAGCAGCAGCAGCACUGAAAUGAAAUAUCCCGGCGGCAAUCCAUCGACAAUGUUUUGCGAACAGGUUGGCACGGUGACGUCGCUGUUCGAGCAGUGGAACGAUUGCGAACGGACGGUGGUGCUGUACGCGCUGCUGAAGCGUGUACCGUUCGCCAACCUAAAGUUCCUGCAGGUGUCCAUCGAUUACAAUCUCGCGCAAAACUACAGCACACAGGCGAAGCUGCAGCAGCUCGAAACGAAGGCAAACAGUACGAUCCUGCUGGGGAAGCUGGUACAGCGGUACUAUCAGCUGAGCGGACACAGCAGUGCCGCGGCGUCGCUCCUAAUCGGUGCCACUCAGCUGAACAACAACAUUAACAACAACAACAGCAACAGCGUGAACAAUAAUCUCAAAUCGUCCACCGACGGGGCGUCGCUGUAUGAGCUGCUAAAGAAAUCCUCCAGCCCGACCAUUGCGGACGGUGGUGGCUGUGUCGCUCCGGCGACGAUCCUGAAAGAAUCUCCGGCACUGAAUGCGACGACGGCGGCAAUAUCGCCGGGACACAACGCCCAUCUGACAGCGAAGGGAGGAGGCAAUGGUGGUCACGAACAGCAGCAGCAGCAGCAGCAGCGAGAACCGGAAACGAAGGAGGAUAUCCUGAAGGAUAUCCUCAUGUACCUGCCACUGUUGGCGCCGGGCAAUGAUGAGGCAAAGAGUUUGUAUAUGUCGCUGAUACCGGCAGCGGUGGACGAUGCGUGCCGGCAGCUCGUACCGACCGAGAUCGUGCAGCAGACGCUGUCCUAUCUGCUGAUUCAUCCCGCCAUAACGAACGACGAUCGACGCGUUCUUAGCCACUGGUUGCGACAUUUGGAGGAUUACAUCUCGACGUCGUACCUGCCGCCGGCUACCACCGCCACCACUAACACCGCGACGUCCGUCGUGAAGAAUCGCAACUUUUUCAACAUGCAGCAGGUGGCCGGUGUGGCCAACGGUGGUACCAGCAGCAACAGCAGCAUCAACAGCAGCAGCAACGGCACAGUGCCCGGCGGUGCCGCCGCCAACCCACACGUCCAGUAUCUGUCAACCUCGACAAACUCUUCCGGCGGCGGAUUGGGUGCUCCCAGCUCAUGGACAACCGGAGGCACGGCUCCGGGCUCACAGAUCGUACCGGCGGCGGUGCAUCAUCUGCACCAUCCACCGUCCGCCCCGUCCGUGCUGUCAAAAUCGCAACAAAGCCUAAAUCACACGACAACGACCGGUCCGGUGACCGGCGGCAGCAGCAAUAGUAGCAAUAGUCAUAUCAACAAUAGCAGCAGCUCCAGCACAAGCUCGUCCAGCUCGACCACCAGCUCCAGCUCCUGUCUGGACAGUGCCGCAUCGCAGCUGCUGAAGACGGCGGCCCCUCCCCGCCUGCCUCAGCCAGCGCACCCGCCCUCAUCCGAGGCGGUGAACGAGUUUAGCAAGACGAUUGGACAAAGCUUGCUCACAUCUAGUCAAUCAAUGCUGUGCAGCACCGGUAGUAGUAAUGGUGCUGGAAGUUCCCUAGUGUCUCUGCCGCUACACAACCAGCAGCAGCAGCAGCAGCAGCAGCAACAAUCGCAGCAACGGCCUACAGUUGUCGAAAGCGACGCACAUCACGAUCUCAUGGCCGCGACGGAAUCGCUCCUGUACGAUUCCACCGACGACGAUCACAUUUCGUUCAGCAAGAACGGUACCGAGAUAUUCGACUACGAUUGUGAUUUCGAUAAUGAGGACGAGUUUAACUACUUGACGCGCAGUGCGGCCGCUAUCCGGGCAGCGGAAGCUGCGGCCGCCGCCCCUAACGUCGGUCCGCCGGUCGCCAGCGCGUCCACUCCGGCUGGUUCCGGAGUAGGACCGGCGCACGGCAAAAAGUUGGUCUCGUUCAACAGUAAUGUAAACGAUUUCUUGCGCGUUCCGCCGCUGCACACUAACUACGGGCAACAUAACCUGCUGUCACACGGAGCGAGUUCCAUUGGUGGUGGUGGUGCGCUGCUUGAUCUCGAUCUGGACGGUACGCUGAUGAAGACGCGUCGGUCAAACAGUCUGACGACCCCUUCGACCCUGUCGGCGCUCAGCAUUGGAGGAGAGCUGAGCGCGCAGCAGAAGCAAAACAACGAAUGCCUUUCGGCAGAAAAUCUUUCCAACCUGCAGCUGUUGCAGAACAAACCGCGCAGCUUCUCGCUAACGAUGGAAAGCCCACGCUCCUCGCUGGCAUCGAGCGGUUCCGAUACGCAGCUGGACGAUUACAAGCAGGGCGGCGGGUUAAUGAAGCUUUACGGUGGACACCCGAACAUUGGCAUGUCCAGCAUCGCACACUGGCUGAAGAGUUUGCGGCUGCACAAGUACGUCUGGCUGUUCUCGAACCUCACGUACGACAAGAUGCUUGGCAUUACGGAAGAGUACCUGCAGAAUCUCGGUGUGACGAAGGGUGCCCGGCACAAGCUGGCGAUCUGCAUCCAGAAGCUAAGGGAGCGGUACGGUACGCUGCUGCAGGUGGAGAAGGAUCUGAUCGCGGGCCAGAAGGCACAGCUCGGUACGGUGCUGGAAGAGCUGACCAACAUCGUGCUGACGCCGAUGAAGCCGAUCGGCAUGGAUCAGGCGGAGGAUAUUGCUGGCCAGUUUGUGAAGGUGUUGGAUCUGGUGGGUUCCAUCAUCGUAAUGCGACCGAUCUGCAACCAGCAGGACGAAGAGUACCUGAACAUAUUCCUGUGGAUUGUCGAGCGUGCCCUGCACAACGACGCGUUCAUCGCACACUCGGCCCAGCUGAAGGACCACAAGUACAAAGUGUCAAAGAUAAAGAUGCAGAUAGCGCCAAAGAGUGGACACUUUGCGAAGGCUACGAACGUUGCCGGGCCCGGUAUGAACAAGCCAAGAUGGACCGCCAACAGCAAACAUAAACCGGUGAAUGUCAACGAAUCGCAAGCGAAAACGCACCGUAAAAGUUCCGUACCGUACUUUGUACCACCGAGCCAUCUGAGUGCGGGCCAACCACAGCAGUCGUCCUCCGUGUGUCCGUCGCAGCAAACGGCACACUCCCUUCUACCGGGUGCAUCGUCACAGGUCAUGACGGCCCAUCAGUAUUUCCACCACGCUAAUAAUGGCACCGGCGGUACCGGCAGCACCGCCAGCUAUAACAAAAGCUCCUCAUAUCCAAGCUUCGCCUCUACCUUGCACAAUGGAAGCGGUGGAGGUGUGACCGGCAAUACUGGCGGUGGUGGUGGCGUCAUGAAACCGAUGGCGGGCAUCAACCCGUCCCUCCCACCUACCAGCCAGCAUCACCAGCCGCAGCAACAGCUUCCCCACAAGCAAUCGGCCCAGCAGCAGUCACCCUCGCUACAGCCACCGGCCAUGCAGCAUCCCAACUUUAUGUUUCAUCGCCACUCGCUGAGCAACAUUACGCAUCACCAUCACAACGCCAACCCGCUCGUACCACCACCGCCGACCAUAUUCCUGAACAACCUGUGCUCCGUGUCGGGCGAAAAUCGUGCCACCGGCGGGAAGAUCGUUGACAACGGUACGGGCAAAGGAGGCGGUGCGAUGAAACAGCUUACCGGCAGCGGUGCUGGGUUAAUGGGUGCGACCGGUGAGCAAUCACUGCUGACGGCGAAAGAUUGUGGUGGCCAAAGCGAUAGCAGCGGUGGCGGCAACCACAACAGCAGUAUCGUUGAUAUCAACUCGCGACUCGAAUUUCUCUGUCGGCAGAUGACGGAGCAGGCGAUAAACUAAUGAAGCUGCUAGGUUGAAGAGAUAGGCAGCACACACACACACGCAUGCACGGGUGGUCAAUGUGAUUGGUGAUAUGAGCAGGAGUAGAGCUGUUAGCCAUGUAGUAGCCGUAGCUGUAAGGGUUACCCAACCGAAAUCGAACGACGCGCUAGAGAAGCAUCGAAAAUGGGGGACGUGAAAAAGGGGGCUGCCAACCAAGCAUAUGGGAGUUGGACGUGUUUUUUGCCUUUUAUAAGAGGCGAUAGAUGUGUUUAUGUAUUUUUUAUGUGUGUGUGUGUCUGUCGCGUACUUCUUCUCCUUCUUCAAGAAGACGGUGUACAGAUGUGUUUUUUGUUUCCUCUGUGUAGCUGUUUAAAGCCUUCCCCAUUUCGUAAAAUGAUUAGGACAAGAAAAAUGCAUAGAACAUGUUUUCGCUCCAAACAACCACGUUAAGGCUCUUAUUAUAUACAACUAUAUAUAUAAAUGUAAACAGACACACACACACAAACGUGUAGACAGACAAGAAAACACUCGUAGGGCGAAGCUCUUAUUAAGUUUUGUUUAAGUGGAGUAGUUCACCCAGCAGUUUGAGCAGUUAUACAUAUACACACUAUCUAGGGUUAGGUAGAACCAGUUUUGAUGUUGAACGUGUUUUUGUGUUAAGCUUUCGUGUACAGCACAACCGAGCACAACCUCCUUAUCUUGACGAUACGGCACCCUCUCCUCCCCCCCUUUCGAGGAUACCGGAUACCAGUUACAAAACAAAAAAGGAAUAGCUUUUAAGGCGCUACGGAAACGCGAAAAACCGAGCGGCACCCUACCUAACACACACACACACCCACACACCGAGCCCCAAGUCACGCGGGUAUUCUGCAAAACAAAAAGUAUUUAUCUUGUUACGUUUAUUUUUUUAAAUGUUAGUCUUACCAACCCUUUUUUGUUUAGUUGUAUAAGCGUGGUUAACGGGUGUGCUGCUGUGCUGAACUGGAGCGGGACAAGCGCUAUUCCGCCCCACCAGGAGGAAGGGUGUGCAUUCAACGUAGAGGUGCGUACAAACUGUAAGCGCAAAUUGUGAUCAAAACGUUUAUUUACCAAUGGUGUGUGUGUGUUUAGUAGGUUUGUUUGUUUGUUUGUUACACACACACACGCGCGUGCGUGCGGACGCGUUCGCUACUUAGUACAUGCAUUUUAGAUGUAGCAAACAAUGGGACGGAAUCGUCCACAGAUGAACGGUUAUCUUAACUCCUUAAACAAUAAAAGCCAGCCGGUAUAUACCUAACGAAUCGUUUAAAGUUUGGGGAAGGGAAAAAAAGAAACGAAAGAGCACACACACACAACUACUUGUACUACUAGUACUACUAUUGCUAAUUACUGCAAACACUAGCUGAGAAGGGUGUGCGUCUCUUACAGACAGUUACCGUUUCCCGUACCCAGUUUCCCAUUUUGGCUCUAAAGGCGUAGAGUGUAAGCGAUCGUAUCGUACAUUCGUAUUGGUUUUGUUCUUUUUUUGUUAACUAAAGUUUCCUAUUUGCGAAGGUAUCACCACUAUUUAUAUGUAGAGAGCCAAUGCGUUUAAUGAAACAAUUUUACCAACAAAUUGAUUGAGCAUAGCUUAACACACACAGACACACGUUUGAUCUUUGUAGUAGUUCGUGUGAAUUCGUGGGUAUUUAUUACACUUGUACUGUUUCGGGUAAGAUGCGAAUCGGCUAUUAAAUUAGUCCUAAGCAAACAAGCAUCCAAGAUGUUUUGUUUUUUCUUCUCUGGUUACACAUGGUUUUCUUUCUUCUAGUUACUUCUUAACAAACAACCAUUCACUUUCACCACUAGGAAGUGGAAUACUGUAAGCUGUUGUUAGGUUUACGACAAAAAACAACAUACAAUUGUUGCCAAAUAUAGACCACAGAUUGGAGGAGAACGUAGGUUUGAAGCUUUAUACGCCGCGCAACAGUAGGAACGCUCAUCACUCAGAUUAAGCAUUGGGUUAAGGCAUGAUUUCAAAUAUGUUGCUUUAGGAAGUGGCAGGGCAUCACAUCGGAAUUCCGGCACGAUCCCUUAGCCUUCUUUCGAUAGGUAGGAGUGUUGUCCCUGUGUGGCGCACUCCAAAUUAGACUGCCAAAUUGGGUUUAAUUGUUGAAGAUUAGCUAAGCGUAGAGGCAACGACCGAAACACGUGCUUGACACGCUUAAGAAAAAACGAUCAGGGUUUCUAAACCGGCGGUUGUCAGGUGAAAGAGUGGAAAGACGAUUUGGCGCAAAAAUGGUUGUGAAGUGUAUGGGCAGCCCGUUAUCACUCGAUUCGAAAGGAAGAA